AUGCUCUUAUUACUCAUCAUAUUGGUCUUCGAAGAUCGCAUUCGAAGAUCUUUGGCUGAGAAGGAGCGUUGUGUGAAGGAAUCUUUAGGGGAAAAUAAGGGCCUUCCUCGAUGUGUGCAUCUGUCAUAUGUGAGUAGCACUGGGAGCGACUGCAACAUCACGGAUUUUUUCAUUGGUUUUAGAACAGGAAUAGAACAUCCAAGACUGAAAGAGAAAGAGCAAUGUCUAGCUUUCGGCAAGAAACAAGGAUUCGAAUGUUUCUGUGGAGAUCGCAAGAAAUGUCUCAAAACUUUGCGGGAGAAAGUGGCCACAUUUCCGAUGGAAACUAGAACAUGUCUGACUAAUCAGUUGAAAAAACAUGCGGAUAUUGAUAAAGGAAUGAAUAGUUCUGACAUAGAGGACAUUGAAACUCAAGCUGAAGAAUUGUUCACUGAAGUCAAACUCCGACUGCUAAUGAUCGCAGUUGCUAUGGCAGUGGUGUUGGUAGUUCAGAUGUUGCUUAUCAUUACAUGGAGAAAAAUACUGAAAGAACAUCACAACCGAUAUGUUAACAGAGUCCGAGCAUUCUUUAAAAAACGGACGGAUGAGUUCACAGUGAUUUCAAUCGGAACAUCAACAAGAGUUGUGGCCUCUAGUUCAACAAAGACAACACCUAGAAGUUCUCCUCGGACAUUUCAACGUGAUAUAGCAAAAUCCGCGGAAACUACAACAGGCAAUACUACAGAUUUGUAUGAAUCGUGA